GGCAACAGCUACAGCAACAGCUCGCUCCUUCCCCAUCCUUCCUCUCCUUUCCCUUAAUUCCACAUCCACGUCGUUGGGAGACGGAUGGAUCCCUGAACAGCACUGGCUGAAGGAGAGGAGGGUCUCACGUUAGCCUCCUUAAAUGUAACAGGCUUUCAUUUUUACCGGGGUCACAUUAAGCAACAAGGAGUAGAAGGAGGUGUGAAGUGUGCACAUAAGCCUGUCGGCCGGAGGGAGGGCAGGAAGGAGAACUGGGAAGAAGAGAGGAGUCAGAGACAUGUUUGGAACGCCGAGGAGUGAGACCGACUGAGGGAAAGAUCAGAAGAUCACACCGGUGAGCUUCGCGAGCGGCGACGGCCACUUGUGGGCCAAGAGGAGAGGAAAUAAGAUCUGCAUACACACACAGCUGGACAGAUGAGGAGGCACCAGGGACCACGCUUCCGUCCUGGGUGUCUGGUGCACUGACCCUGCCUGUAUCAGGCGAGGAGUCAGAGGACCAGCGCCAUGACUGACUCUCCGGGUCCUGGUGGUCGUGCCUUAGUGCCAUGGCCGAGGGUGUGGAAAUGGGUUCUGGCUUCCUCGCUGGUCUCUGUCAUAGCUUUGACUUUGCCAGAGAGCAGUAAGGCCUGUCCUCCACGAUGCGAGUGUUCAGCUCAGCUGAGGUCUGUGUCAUGUCAGCGGCGGCGGCUCACAAACGUCCCAGAAGGCAUUCCAACUGAGACACGGGUCUUGGACCUCAGCAAGAACCGGCUCCGUUGGGUACAGUCCGGUGAUCUGGCACCGUACCCCCGGCUGGAGGAAGUGGACCUUAGUGAAAACCUCAUCGCCACAUUAGAGCCAAAUGCCUUUGCCGCUCUUCAGAAUCUUAAAGUCCUAAAGUUAAGGGGGAAUCAGCUGAAGUUAGUACCUAUGGGGGCAUUUGCCAAGCUAGGUAAUCUCACCAGCCUGGAUCUAAGUGAGAAUAAGAUGGUGAUUUUAUUGGACUACACCUUCCAAGAUAUGAGGAAUCUUAAACAGCUGGAAGUUGGAGACAAUGAUCUGGUUUAUAUUUCCCACAAGGCAUUCUCUGGACUUCUGGGACUAGAAGAUCUCACAAUAGAGCGUUGUAACCUCACUUCCAUCUCUGGCCAGACGCUGUCCUACCUCCACAGCCUGGUCACUCUUCGCCUUCGGCACCUUAGCAUCACUGCCCUGGAGGAUCAAAACUUUCGCAAGUUGUCUAAUUUGCGGGGUCUGGAUAUCGAUCACUGGCCAUACCUUGAGUAUAUCUCUCCACUUAGUUUUCAGGGCCUUGAUCUUCACUGGCUCUUCAUCACCAACACCAACAUCACCACUGUCCCUUCAAAUUCAUUCAAGAACCUGGUGCACCUCACCCAUCUCAACUUGUCCUACAAUCCCAUCACCACACUAGAGCCUUGGGCCUUCAAGGACUUGCUGAGGCUAAAGGAGCUCAUCAUGGUAAGCACUGGGUUGCUGACAGUGGAGUCUCAUGCCCUUGGAGGUCUCAGACAGAUUCGAGUACUCAACUUCUCCUCCAACGACCUGCAGACUCUGGAAGAGGGGUCCUUCCACUCUGUUAACAGUCUGGAGACCCUCAGAGUGGACGGGAAUCCCUUGUUGUGUGACUGCCGUCUGUUGUGGAUCCUGCAAAGACGCAAGACCCUCAACUUUGACGGCAGAGUGCCAGUGUGUGCAGGCCCGGUGGAGGUGCAAGGAGUCAGCCUCAGCGCCUUCUCUGACUCUGCCCUCUUCGAUCACUUUACAUGCCAGAAACCUAAGAUCCGCAACCGUAAGAUGCAACAGGUGGUUGCUCGGGAAGGCCAGCCAGUGAGCUUUGUAUGUCGAGCUGACGGAGAUCCUACACCUGCCAUCAUCUGGAUCUCACCACAGCGUAGACGAAUCACAGCAAAGAGUUCAGGUCGCAUCACUGUUCUCCCUAGUGGUACUCUGGAGAUCCGCUACGCUCAGCUCACUGACAGCGGGACGUACAUCUGCAUUGCCACAAAUGCUGGAGGCAAUGACACCUACUUUGCCACUCUCACAGUAAGAGGCCAGCCACUAGACUCUGCCUCUGCCUUCUUUCUUAACCGCUCUCUGUACAGCGGGGAGUACUUCAACGACACAAAUCUAAACAGCACACGGGUUUUCCUCAAGUUCACCUUGGACCUGACCACCAUUUUGGUCUCAACAGCCAUGGGUUGCAUCACGUUUCUCGGAGUUGUUCUCUUCUGCUUCCUGUUGUUAUUUGUGUGGAGCCGUGGACGCGGCCAGCGCAGGAACAACUUCACAGUGGAGUACUCGUUCCGGAAAUCUGAACCCACCACAGGGAGCUCUACAGGAGGGACCAGGAAGUUUAACAUGAAAAUGAUAUGAAACAACGCAGCCAGGGGUCCCUCAGGGGAGGCAUGAGCACGUCCCAAAGACGUGUUUGACACACGCAAACACACACAGCCACUAACUCACAAAGAAGUUUGAGAGCACAAUAUUAGCUAGUCUCUAUUGCUCUGCUCCAAAUUGGGUGCCCACCUCAAAACUAGAAUUGUAAUUUAACUUGACUUAUGCUUGAAAUUUUUAUUAUUUUGAUGUCUCCACUUUGCAAUGGUUUUCUUUAGAUUGUGGUGUUGAAUGCUACUGUACAUAAUAGCAGUAGAGUUUAAUUGAUCAGUUAUGCUUGACAGUAAUGGUGUGAAAUAGACAUCAAUGAUUAGUUAUAUUUGCAACAUGAACAGCACUGUCUUGGUUAUUUCAACAAAUAAAAAGAAAAAGUUAGUAAUUGGUAAAGAAUGUCAUGGAGGCCAUCGAUUUAAGCGUUCAUUUGAUCUUCACUUCUUUGUGAGAUUCUGCCCAAACAUGAGCUGUGUGAGUUUGGGACGAGUGUACCGGUCAAGAGGUGCUGUGGUUGCCUGUGACUCAGACAAUUAAAUUAUGAACACCAAACACAGGCCACCACAGGAACCAAAUAAACCAAUGCAAGAGAGAGCAAAUGGUCCAGGUUGACAGGAACAGAGGGUAUACUGAGUAGUACGAGCGAGAAUACAUAAGUCUUUUUGACCCGUGUUUCGCUCCUCUACACAAACCCCUGAACCCUGGUCUCUGCUGCAUUGGUGGCCACAUAACCUUCCCGGUGCUGCCCGGGGGGAGCAGCCUGGAGAGUUGGGUCAUAUUCAGAGGCAGAGACAGGACACGUAGUUUCACAAGACAAACACUUCUCCAAAUUGGGGAUGACACACAGUAGAUAACAUAUUGCACCUUUUCUCAGGAAGAGCGAAGUAACAAACCAACAGAAAAAGAUUUCAUUGAACACAUUUAUUUGCUAAUUGUAACAUUCCAGCAAUACUGUAUGUAUAGCCAUAUAGCCAAUACUGGAAAUUUGUGGCUGAAGAAACAAAGCCAUAAUUUGUGUAGGUUGAAUUUUUAUAUAGAGUGUGCAUGAUUUAGUCAUAUAAUUAUCACUACUGCCAUUUUACAAGCUGUCCUGGUGUUCACAAGACUAUCCGGUGUCACUGGGUUUGCAGUACGUUCCACAGAAUAACACAAACAAACACAAAGGAGCAACAGUCAUAGUUGCACAAGAGCAAACAAACCCAACAUGGCACACACAAGCACAACACAAGUCUAUAAUUGUGAUGCUGACUUCUCUUUCUGUCUCUGAAACGAUCGGUGCAUGAAUGUCUCUGCCCCCCUAGCCCAGUGCAUCCCCCCCUCACACCCCACCCCCACACACCCCCACUGGGUCCUCCUUUGGGAGGGGUCCCUGGCUGGAGACUGAGGAUUAAAAUGUAAAUGAAGUUGUGUUCACCCUACCCACACCAUGUGCAUCGUAUAGUGGAGAGUAGUACUGUGGUCUUAAUGGCAAAAAAAUAACAAAAAGGUUUUGUUAUGUUGUUUUUUUUUAAGUGUUACGUUGCAUAUUUGUUUGUCCCUUAUUUUUAUUCUGUUCAGUUGUUGUUGUCUGUGAGCUUCUGAAUGUUCACUGUGUUAAAGCACCUCAUCCACCAUGAGACGUUAUUCUGUUCUCAACACCUCAUAAUGUGAACUAAAUGGAGCAAGUCAGAAACUUGACUUAAUAUAAACUGAUGGUUUUUGUUGAUGGCAAAAAAAAAAAAAACUGUAGUUCUGAUAACCUGAGCAAGAGGUGUUAAACUCAAGACACUAAGGGUCUGUUUGCAAGUUUUAGAUGUGUCUAUGCUUCAACACAUUUGAGUCAAAUAAUUAUGCCAAUAGUAAAAUGUUGUAGAACUUGACUGCAUCAAUUCAGCCAUUUAAUUCAGGAGCGUUGGUCCAGGAAGACAUCCAAAAGUUGCAGAAUGUCUGUACUGAUGGUCUGGAGUCCAACACCCAGGAAGUAAACCAUAAAGUUUAUAUUGUUCAUUAUUUUUAACAAGCAAAAUUGUUUUGUUCGGGUGAAAAGCUCAGUGAACACUGAACUUUCUUUCAAACUGAACAAAAUACAUUAAUACGUAUCGUUCAAUCUCAUGCAAUCACCAUUAACGCUAUAUUCCAUGUUCAUCAGAAAUUAAACCACCUGAGUUGAGCACAUUCUAGGUGAAGAUCUGAAAACCGGUGGGAUUUGCUAGUCCUGAUUUGAUUAUAGCCACAGAUGCCAAAAUUAAAAGCUCAGAAUGGUGUCAUACAUAAUCAGUCAGAAAACCAGGAACAUUUCCUUUAGUUUAACAGACUAAAUGCUGUUAACAUCACAAGCCCAAAACAAACUAUUUCUCAAUAUUUUCAACUGGGUUAAUGAAACACAGAAAUGUUCUAAGUGUAAAUGAGCAGUUUAUUCCAGUCCGUUUCCCUUUUAUAUCAGACUUGAACUCAAGUGGAUGGAUGGGGCCCUUCAACUUAGUCACAACAUUAGGACUUUUUCAACUUGAACCAAUACAAAUUAAAGGCACCAAAGAUAAUGAGCUCAGGUGUCUGUGACAGUUGCCACAGGCAGUUAACUUCACUCCUAUUUUACCAGUUAGCAGUAAUGGUCAUUUGUCUCAUGGGUGGAUAAUUUACGUAUCUUCUAUGGUGCCUUACUUUUGCCACUUUCAAUAGAUGUAAUAUUGGCUUCAAACAUGUGUAUGCUACUGCUGUGACUUUCUUUGCAACAACCAUCAAACUUGAUCAGUAAAUAAUUAAUAGAUGCAACCAAGUCGAAUAGUAUUGCUAGGAUUCGCUUGUUAAAUGGCAUCCAAAUUGCCUAAGUAAAAGACAGAAUAUUUUUUGAGAAAAGGUUUUAAAUGUGGUUAACAGAAAAAAUACACUGACAAUUGAAAAUUGUGUUCUAGUGACAAAAAGACAUGAAAGGCUUUUGAAUCAAAAUCUGAGUGCAAGCUUUAAAAAAAAGUUCUCAUGUUUAGCACAAUCUGGGCUCUCUCCCCUUGACUCAGAUUGUCUCCGGUUAAUAUUUGAACCGGCCAAUAUUGAAUAUUUGAACUGGCCAAUCAGCAAACAGAAAGAGAAUCGUGAACUUCUCUCUCUUUGCAGUGGAGGAUGGUUGUUUACAGUGCAGGCAAUGGACCUUACCAAGCUCCGCCCACAACCGACCCACGUGACCCCAAGUCUCACAAACAGCCUCGCAGCGCGUUGUUUCUACGUAAACAUGACUCGAUUAGUGCAACAUUUCUACCAGAUUUUCACAAUAUAUCAGCUACUAAAUGGACAGAG